CCAUGCAGCCACUAGACGCUCCCACCACUACCAGCGAGUCUCCCCCAUCUUGCAUGUGCAACAUUUAUGCCGGACGGAGCCUCUUCUAAGGCAGUGGACACUGCGGGUAAACCACUAAGGAUGGAUUGCUAAAACUCGACUUCUUUUUUUUCCUCGUGUGCCAUCAUCCUCAAUGUCUCUCAACAGUUUUUAACAAAACAAGAUGAGGAUUAUUUGCAAGCAGAUUGUCUUGCUAAUUUCUAGCUUUUGGGGAUUGGCAAUGGGAGCGUUCCCUAGCAGUGUGCAAAUUGGAGGUCUUUUCAUCAGAAACACAGAUCAGGAAUACACUGCUUUUCGCUUAGCAAUUUUUCUACACAACACCAGCCCCAACGCGACUGAAGCGCCUUUUAAUUUGGUUCCUCAUGUGGACAACAUUGAAACAGCUAACAGCUUUGCUGUAACGAAUGCCUUUUGUUCUCAAUACUCCAGAGGAGUUUUUGCAAUAUUUGGUCUGUAUGACAAGCGAUCAGUGCACACCCUGACCUCAUUCUGCAGUGCGCUGCACAUCUCGUUGAUCACGCCCAGUUUCCCCACGGAGGGCGAGAGCCAGUUUGUGCUUCAGCUGCGACCGUCCCUCAGAGGCGCUCUUCUCAGCCUCCUCGACCACCACGAAUGGAACCGCUUCGUCUUUCUCUACGACACAGACCGGGGGUAUGCCAUACUUCAAGCAAUUAUGGAAAAAGCAGGACAAAAUGGCUGGCAAGUCAGUGCCAUAUGUGUGGAGAAUUUUAAUGACGCCAGCUACAGGCGGCUCUUAGAAGAUUUGGAUCGGAGGCAAGAAAAGAAAUUUGUGAUAGAUUGUGAAGCCGAGAGACUUCAGAACAUUUUAGAACAGAUCGUUAGCGUUGGGAAACAUGUCAAAGGCUACCAUUACAUCAUGGCGAACUUGGGUUUUAAGGAUAUCUCACUCGAGAGGUUCAUGCAUGGUGGAGCCAACGUAACAGGAUUUCAGUUGGUGGAUUUUAACACUCCCAUGGUAAUUAAACUCAUGCAGCGCUGGAACAAGCUGGACCAGAGGGAGUAUCCAGGAUCAGAGAGCCCACCAAAGUACUCAUCGGCAUUAACAUAUGACGGAGUGCUUGUAAUGGCUGAAGCGUUUCGCAAUCUCCGAAGACAGAAAAUUGAUAUUUCCAGGAGAGGAAAUGCAGGGGAUUGUCUAGCUAACCCCGCUGCUCCAUGGGCUCAGGGGAUAGACAUGGAGAGAACACUCAAGCAGGUUCGGAUCCAAGGAUUAACUGGAAAUGUGCAGUUUGAUCACUAUGGGCGGAGGGUAAACUACACAAUGGAUGUGUUUGAACUGAAAAAUACAGGACCAAGAAGGAUAGGUUACUGGAACGACGUAGACAAGUUGGUUUUGAUCCAGAAUGAAAUGCCCUUCCCCAACGACACCUCCGGCAUUGAGAACCGAACUGUGGUUGUAACAACAAUAAUGGAAGGUCCUUAUGUCAUGCUGAAGAAAAACCAUGAGCUGUUCGAAGGGAAUGACCGCUAUGAAGGCUACUGUGUGGACCUGGCCUCAGAGAUUGCAAAGCACAUCGGCAUAAAGUAUAAGAUCGCCAUUGUACCUGAUGGAAAAUAUGGAGCCAGAGACCCCGAGACCAAGAUUUGGAAUGGGAUGGUUGGAGAACUUGUUCAUGGAAAAGCAGAGAUAGCAAUAGCUCCAUUAACCAUCACCUUGGUACGAGAAGAAGUCAUUGACUUUUCCAAACCUUUUAUGAGCUUGGGGAUUUCAAUCAUGAUCAAGAAGCCCCAGAAGUCCAAGCCUGGUGUCUUUUCCUUCCUCGACCCCUUGGCCUAUGAAAUCUGGAUGUGUAUAGUGUUUGCCUACAUUGGGGUCAGCGUGGUGCUCUUUCUGGUCAGCCGGUUUAGCCCCUAUGAGUGGCACACAGAAGAACCUGAAGAUGGUAAAGAAGGGCCACCAAGCGACCAGCCUCCCAAUGAGUUUGGUAUCUUUAACAGCCUCUGGUUUUCCCUGGGUGCCUUUAUGCAGCAAGGAUGCGAUAUAUCACCAAGGUCUCUGUCGGGUCGCAUUGUCGGAGGCGUUUGGUGGUUCUUCACGCUGAUUAUUAUUUCAUCCUACACGGCUAACCUCGCUGCCUUCCUCACUGUGGAGAGGAUGGUCUCGCCAAUCGAAAGUGCAGAGGACCUCUCCAAGCAAACCGAGAUCGCUUACGGAACACUGGACUCAGGGUCAACCAAAGAGUUUUUCAGGAGAUCAAAAAUUGCAGUGUAUGAAAAGAUGUGGACUUACAUGAAAUCGGCAGAACCCACAGUUUUUGGCAAAACCACUGCAGAGGGAGUAGCCCGUGUUCGGAAAUCGAAGGGAAAGUUUGCUUUUCUGUUGGAGUCCACCAUGAACGAGUACAUUGAGCAGAGGAAGCCUUGCGAUACAAUGAAAGUGGGGGGAAACCUGGAUUCCAAAGGCUACGGAGUGGCAACACCCAAGGGUUCUCCAUUAAGAACUCCCGUAAACCUUGCCGUUUUGAAACUCAGUGAGGCAGGCAUCUUAGACAAGCUGAAAAACAAAUGGUGGUACGAUAAAGGGGAAUGUGGACCCAAGGACUCUGGAAGUAAGGACAAGACAAGUGCCCUGAGUCUCAGCAAUGUGGCUGGUGUCUUCUACAUUCUUGUUGGAGGCUUGGGCUUGGCAAUGCUGGUGGCUCUGAUAGAGUUCUGUUACAAGUCCAGGGCAGAGGCCAAGAGAAUGAAGCUAACCUUCACUGAAGCCAUGAGAAACAAAGCCAGACUAUCCAUCACAGGGAGUGUUGGAGAAAACGGGCGAGUUCUGACCCCUGAUUGCCCAAAGGCUGUACACACCGGAUCUUCCCUUCGACAAAGUUCAGGACUGGCUGUGGUAUCGUCGGACUUGCCAUGAAAACCAAAAAUAUUCUAGUGCCUUAUCAAAAAAAAAAGAAAAAGAAAAAAAUAUUAACUGAUGGUACUGCAGCACAGACUGAAAACAUCAGUAAAAUCGAUGAUGAUCUCACAUUUGUAACAGACAAGGAGCUCUGCCUCGACACAGAUGACAUAUUCAGUAAACACCAGUGCACAACCUCAGCUCUGAACACUGAAAUCUUAUAUCAGGACAAAUCAAAAACUGGCGAAGGGGGGAAAAUCAAGACCAGAAAACUGUACUUGAGGGGGGGGGGGGGGUGGGGGGGUGCUUAUAAGCAUUUAUCUUUACCACUGUUAAACGUGAACUGUGUAAAAACAAAAAACAUGCUUAUUAAACACUUGGCUUUUGUCUUGGCAAAAUUAAGCAGGGGCCAAUGAACAUACUAGCCUGUGACUCGCUAAAUAUCCAUAAAUAACAUGGGUAAAGAUAUCCAGUUGUGCUGGGAUUUAAAAAUAAUAAAUAAUAAUCACUAUACUGUGAUACAAAGAAAAGUAAAUAUGUAAAUUCUGUGAAAAAGAAACUAAAGAAAUGAUUUACGUUGUCUUUUAAAAAGAAGGAAGAUACUGUACAACAUGCCUGCUUUUUAACUGGUGUAAAUAACCAAGUAGUGGACAAAAUACAUUUCUCUUUUAUAACCAACCAUCUUAGGAAAUAAUUCAUUGCAAUAAUGGAUACAAGAUAACAUCACUGUAAUUAGAAAACAAAAAACAUUAUGAGAAUAUAUAUAUAUAUAUAUAUAUAUAUAUAUAUAUAUAUAUAUAUAUAUAUAUAUAUAUAUAUAUAUAUAUAUAACAACUUGUUUGCUGUGUCAUUUGUACUGUUACACCAUUUAAUGUUCCACAGAUUGCAUCUGUCUAAGUCCAAACCGAAUGUUAAAGAGUACAACAUCCGUUUUCAGUGUACAGUCAGAGCACACGCUACGGGUCAGACAUGUUAGAGUUAUUAAUGAUCUAGUUUAAUGUAAUAAUAAGUUGUGGUUUUUGUACCCACCAAACAAGAAUAAAACUAAAACAUUCUUAUGAUAGUCACAGUUCUUCAUGUGUGUAGUCUGCUACCUAUAUGUUGACUAUAUGUUUAUAUUUUAAAGCCAAUUAACAUUUAAGCUGUUAAAAAAAAAAAGUUUUAUUUUUUCAUUAAAGCGACUGUAUUAGAGUUUCAGAUUGAAAUCAUUUUUAAUAAAAAUCAAAAGUAGACACUGUUGUAGUGUUCACAGCAAUGGUUGAAAUGAAGUUUGCUACUUCAGCCUACACAUGAUAUCACUUUGAAGUGUUGUUUUGUUUGUUUGUUUCUAACACUUGCACUUGUUCAUGUAAAUAAUGAGUGAGAAUAUUGACCAUUGUUGAAAUUCGGUUUCUGCAUUUCCACAACUAUUCCCUUCCAGGUCAAAAAAAAAAAAAAGUUUAAAUUUGAACUAACUAAAGUCUUGAAUUUUUGCACACUCCCUUACUCUCACAUGUGCACGGCCAGCAUUGUGAGUGGAUUUAACUUCUGAACACGGUUAAUGGGCAACAUGGGUCAUCUAAAAUAAUGUGGACACAGGUUUGGGCUUUUAUGCUGCUUUCACACACAUGCAUUCAGGCCACAGUGAGAUUUAACAUGCCCUGAGAGAUUAAAAGACAAGUUAAAUUAAUUAAGUGAAUCUUAAAUUGAAAACAGUGCUUAAGAGUUGAAAGAAGAAAACUGCAUGGGAAGUUUCUGAACUAUGAAUCCCAUAAUCACGUGAAUUAGGAGAUGCAGCAUUUGGAAAGGAAUCACAUGGGCAUUAAGUGACUUCCAUCAUUCCUUGCAGGAAAUUAAUUGAAGAGAAAGCUGUAAGUUUUAUAAGGCUGAUGGUAAAACAAAUGCAUGUACAAUGGUGUUCUUGGUAUACUUAAUACAUGUAUUAGCUUUAUACCCAUUCAAGUUUGACAUUUAAGUCACGUUAGAGGACUUGAACAGACAUAAAGGUUAUAUGUGGUCUCAGGGUGAUGUUGAAACUUGCUACUGUAGUACACAUUUAGUGUGUGCCUCGAUCACACAGCAACAAACCAGACAGGAACAAUAAAUUGUAGUAGGUAAUAUUAUUUGGCUUUUGUAGGUUGAUGGAUGACUCUACAAAAAGGUAUUUUCUGUUAUAUUUUCUAAAGCAUAAUUAAAUGACCUGCAACCAUACCUCCUUCAACUCGGAUCACAGAAGCUAAGCAAGGUUAGUCAACUCUGCACUUAGUUUUGCCACAACCCUGGCUUAUUCUGAAAGACAUCCAUUUAAACAUGAUGUUGCUUCUCAACACAUAUCCAGCAUUAAUGUUUCUUCAAAUAAAUACAAUGCAAAUAUUUGUGACAUGCCUUCUCUGGUAUAUUAGCUUACUGUAUGUAUGCUCUGUUUGUGUGAAAGCAGCAUUACAAAUGUGUGCCCGAUUUGGUUUUGUAUUUUGAAAACUUCAAAGUUAUAAUGUUGUCUCCUCCUUUAUCUUCAAAUCCUUCUGAAUGGAAUUAAUGCAAAAUCGAAAAUCAGAGUAAGGUGAGUAAGGCUCUGGGUGGUAUUGCUCAUGAAAGUAUAAAGUGCAGAAGGCAUCUUUUCUAAUUAUGUUGGUCAUUAAAACAAAAAAAAUCUGUCAAGUAAUAAAACUUCUUCUGACAAAUA